AUAAGAGCAUCAGCGGGUGUUGUGGAAAAUGAAAAAGGGGAAAUAUUGGUAUGCAAAAGAGCAUCACACAGACAUUUAGCAAAUAAAUUAGAAUUUCCUGGCGGUAAAAUCGAUAAUGAUGAAACACCUGAACAAGCAUUAAAAAGAGAAUUGUUUGAAGAAGUAGGUGUAGAAGUUAAUGUUCAAAAUGAUAAAGAAAUAAAACUAAUUAAAGAUGUAUGUUAUGACUUUGGCGAAAGAGAGUGUUUAAUAUAUUUCUUUAAAAUAGAAAAAGAUCAAUGGUCUGGAAAUGUUAGUGGAAAAGAAUCACAACCAAUUUACUGGAUGAAUUUACAUCAACUUCAAGAAAAAUCAGAUGCAUCAGAAUUUCCUGAACCAAAUAAAAUUAUAAUUAAUAUUUUAAAC